ACCGCCCAGACACGUCUACCACGCUGCGAAUGCGCCUCACUCCAAAAGUCGACAAUCCACAGCUCGCGUCGUCAUAGCCCUCCAUCUACUCCUCGUGCCCUGCCAUGACCUAGCCUUGUUGACCCUCGCCAGCCCAGCAUGUGGCGGGACCGAACCAACCUCUUUAUAUCCUACCGCCAGUCCUACUCCCACCACCCCCAGAAGAAGACGCGCUAUGGCGGCCCAGGCUCCAAUGGCUUCGGCGACAGCAGGCGCAUGUCCGACGAGCGGCAGGGGCUCAUGGCCAGCGGCGCAUACGAAGACGACGGCGAUGCUGUGAUUGAAAUGGACCUGCUGCCUCCACGAUGGCUGGAUAUCCAGGACGAGAUCACCGAACACCUAGCCGAGAUAGCCAAGCAAACACGCAAGCUCGACCAGCUACACCAGAAGCACGUGCUGCCGGGCUUCGACGAUGAAGACGUCAAGAAGCGGGAAGAGCGGGAGAUUGAACAGCUCACCCAGGGCAUCACACGCCUCUUCCAAAAGUGCCAGCUAGCCAUCAAGCGCAUAGAGACCAUGGUGCGCGAAGCCAAGCAGCAGGGCAAUAUCAAUCAGGGCGAAGAGGUCAUGGCACAGAAUCUCAAGAUCUCCUUGGCUACCCGUGUCGGCGAAGUGAGCGCCAUGUUCCGCAAGAAGCAGUCGGCCUACCUGAAGAAACUACGCGACCUCGGUGGUUUUACCUCGCCCUUCCGCUCCGCGACACCCGUGCAGAACCCCUACAACGACCCUGCCCUGCAAGAGUCCGAUGCCGAUCGCUCCUUCUCGCAAUCCACGCUCCUGCAGACAAAGCAACAGCGCAUGCGACAUGACCCCAACGAAGCAAUCAUAGCCCAACGCGAGCGCGAAAUUGAAGACAUCGCCCAAGGUAUCAUUGAGCUAGCAAACAUCUUUCAGGAGCUACAGACCAUGGUCAUCGAUCAAGGCAGCAUGCUGGACCGCAUAGAUUACAAUGUAGAGAACAUGUCGCGAGACGUCAAAGAAGCGGACAAGGAACUCAAAGUGGCGUCGGGAUAUCAAAAGCGAACCAUCAAGAGGAAGAUUAUGUUACUGUUGGCUAUCUUGAUCGCGGGUGUCUUCAUACUGUUAUCGCUCAAGCUGAGCAGAAGAGGCGGAAACGAUGCGCCGGCCGCUCCACAAGUGCCAGACGUCCCGCCGGCGGCAGCGAUAAGAACCAGACGGCAAUCAACCAGCAUGCGCACGAGUCGCGUAUGGCACCGAAGAAAACGGCGGUUAUGGCAGGGGAUCGAAGACCACCCUUUGACGCUCUGAGGGCCGUUCUUUUAGAAAUGGAUAAAUCAUGAUUGCUGCCUCGUACCGUCCAGUCUCACCGUGUACCUACUAACCUUCGAUGACUCUCUAUCAAACAGGCGGUUCUACGCAUGUGUCCACGUUCCAAGUACCGUGCUCAGACUCGUCGAACAGUUUCGCUUCUUCAGUGGAUGCCCAAAGGUUGCGAUCGCCGGAUCCGUUCAGCAAGCUCAAACUUCAUUAUGCUUAGUCUAGAGUCAGUGGCGCGUGGCUG